UUGCUUCUGGACGGGAAUCAACUAACAAUCAUAGAACCCGGUGCUUUUGAUGGCCUCACCAACCUGUCACUGCUCUCACUCUCAAGCAACCCAGGAUUGUCUCUAGCCAAAGUUGACCCUUCAAUUUUGAAAGACGUGAAGAAUUUGACCAGUUUUCUUGCUAAAGAUAAUAAACUAGAAAUCAUACCGACCAACUUCUUUGCAGAAAACAAAAUGUUAAGAGAGGUAUAUCUAAAAAGUGCUGGUUUGACAAAACUGCAGACUGCCUCUUUUUCAAACCUUAAGAACCUAGUGAUCGUUGAUGUAAGCAAAAAUGAAAUUGACAAUAUCAGGGCCAACAUAUUCACGGGAAGUUUAAAAAUUCAGACUCUAAACCUGAGCAACAGUCAGAUAAAAUCUAUUGAGCCACGCGCGUUCGAAACUCAAGACGAGAUGCUUUUCCUCAUGCUAGACCAUAAUAUGCUGGUAUCUGCUCGUAGUGCUUUGCUUGGCCUUAAAAAUCUUCUCACACUGGCACUCAACGACAAUGAGAUUGAGUUCCUCAAUGAGGACGACUUUAAGGAUCUGGUUAUGUUAAAUUCUUUAGAUUUAAGCAACAAUGAACUGAUGGAUACGGGCAAUGCAUUGGCGAAUCUUCGUUCUUUGGGAAGCUUGAACUUGAACAACAAUCGUCUGACGAAACUGUCUUUCCAGGGCAUGCCUUUGCUGACAGACAUAUCUGUCAGUAACAACCUUUUGCAGUCCAUACCCGAAAGACUGGACGUAAUAACAUAUGCCCGCAUUCUGGAUAUUUCAAACAACCCUAUCCAAAGUUUGCCCGGGGGACGAUUCGCAUCUCUUAACUCCCUUUUGAAGCUGGACAUUUCGAACAUUUCUGCAAUCCAAGAUGGCGGACUUGCACCCGACGCCUUGACCGGACUCCACAGUUUGGUUGAACUUCGGGUUGAAAGAAACGAGCUAAGCAAAGUACCCUCAAAUGCACUUUCCGCGGUAAAACAGAUUGAAAUUCUCAGUCUUAGCCACAAUAAGAUAGAGACUCUUGACGAAAACGACUUUGUUUCCGUGUCAAACGUAUCUAACUUGCAGCUUGCCAAUAACAUGUUAGCAAUGGUACCGGUGAAAUCUCUUCGUCCCUUCACAAACUUGACCCAACUUGACCUCUCAGGAAAUCCUCUGGUACACAUCCCUGAUUGGUCGUUUGGAAACUUGACAACGCUUUCCAGUUUGCGCUUGAGCAAUGCCAAAUUGUCAAUCAUUGACCCCGCAGCUUUCCAUGGUCUAAAAAGUGUGCAUUCUAUCGACGUUACCAACAACAAUCUAACAUGGCUGCCAGGUGACCUCUUGAAAUAUGACCGCGCUUUUCCAUUUUACCUCUACGCUGACCAGGGAAAUCGCUGGUACUGUGACUGUCAGAUGAAACCAUUUUCACAGGCCGUUAACGUUCCCGGUCAGUCAGUUAUUACUAAUAUCCACUGCUCCGGUCCUGAAAAGUAUAAAGGUCGAAAUUUGGGAGACAUUCCUCUGGCAAACCUCACCUGUGACUGUGAGCAUCAAGAGGCGCCCUCUGUCGACACAUCAGGGAGUGACAACAGCACUGCUGUCGGUCAACCCGCAAAACUUAGGUGUAAAGUGGGCGGCUGCCCGACGGCCCACCUGUUUUGGACCACCCCAAGGGGUUUUGUGAUCUCUCCUCACCUCACUGAGUAUACCGGAUAUGACGUACAAGACGACGGAACUCUCGUCAUCAUGGCUACCGUCGUUGAGGAUGCCGGGAACUACACUUGCACGGCGGCCAACUACCUUGGGAAGGCUGAACAGAGUCAUAAGCUUAAGCUAGAUAUUUAUUGAGACGUAGUCAAUAGCGGAAAUGACAAAAUCUUUUGAGUUGAACUAUUUUGUCCAUGGUGUAAUUUUCUUUGAAGCUGUCUAUAUGUAACUCAAGGUACUAGAUAAGGCAGGGUACGUUGGACUCUGACCCAUCGGUCAAAUAAUCUAGCUUUCAUUGUAAACAAUGGUUAAUGCACCAUGUGACUUGUAUGUUUUCUGUAGACCAAAGUCUUUUGUAAUAGCAGUGCACUUUUCUCCUACUUAGAAUCCCAUGAAUAGUAAGGUAGAUCACUUAACCCCUUGAUUUUAGACUGUUAGUUGCCAAAAAUUAUUGUAUUAAACGUUGUUAGCUGUCUAUGUUACUAUGUAAGAGAUCUGGAAGUAGUAAGACAAAUGUCUAGAUGAACAGAAACUCAAAUUGACCAUGUUAACACUUCCUGUAUUUUUUGUCCUCUUGGACACAUUUCUGUAAAUUCUACAGCCAAACCGUGAUCUUCGACGGAGUGUCCCAAUGACUAUGUUGUUUUGACAUUCCCCAUGUCUGUCAAGUUCUGAAAUUUGAAUCAUUUAAAAUUGUUACCCUCUUGGCUUUACAUGUCAUUUGUCUGAACAAAAACAAAUAAAUUGCAUUCGCAGGGUCAAAAAUACCUUUCGCCUGAAAUUGAUAUGUUCUUAUUUUACACUUAUAGAAAGUGACCUAAAUACGAAAGAUCCUAAUAAUGUGAAGUAUGUUGACCAACAAUUACAAUAACGACGUCCAUCGAUAUUACCUUCACAUCUAAAUAUUUUUGCUCCGUUAACAGCGUGAAUGCUUGUUGUUUAUACAAGUUAACAACAUGAAUGCUUACUCUUUGUCCAAAUUAGGCUGCGGCCACAUUUCCAAACCGGGGCCCGGCCGGGAUGUUUGCGCAAAUGAAAAAUUACAGUAUUUAUCAAGAAACUACAAAUAGGAAUUAUGCUCACGACUAAUUAUUUUACGUUCUGUGUGUUUUGUUGUCUUUUGUAUAUCCUAAUAUGUUCCUAUAAGCUACCCGGCCGGGGUCCCAGUUUGGAAGUGUGACCACAGUCUUAACAGGAGUUUCAGCCUAAUAAUUAUACUAGAAGUAGUCGUUGCAGACGUGAAAAUUAUUGGGCAGUUUUAAAAGUGCAACCGAUGGAAGCCAUGACUGUAGUUGCCAACUUGGUAAAUGAUACCAGUUUACCACACUACUACUUUUUCUACACUAGCCUUUUUAGUUGCGAUGUACAUGUCACUUUUAAUCUUGUUACAACCUUUAUGGCAUCUAUUUGAUUGUUAAAAAAAGCCGUUGUUUUACACAUCUUGUUUUCCCGCGCUAUCUUACUUUUUCGCACUCUGCAUAGGAUGUCAUCUAUGAAAUUUACUUGUUCUGGCCUAAUGUAUCUUAUAUCACUUUUCCACUAGGACGACCGC